AUGAGGGAUUAUAAUGCCAAAGAUUUAAGAAUAGCAAGUCUAAAAUCUGCAAGAAUUAUUAGACCAUAAUCAUCUCAUAGAAUCCUAAAUCCUUAGGAAUACUACGAGAAAUUCCAAACUUAUUAAGCUCCUCCUAAAUAACUAGUUAAAGACAGAAUAGAUCUCUCAAUAAUCUAUAACUCUGAAGGAUAAUUUUUAGAAGCUUACAAAAUGCUAGAUCCCUUGCAUAGAAAACUUAUGCUUGAUGGAACAACAUUUAAAAGAUAUAUAUUUGAAUUUUAUAGACACUUUACUCUUACUUUGAUAUAUCUAGCUUGUGAUAGUUAGUCAGAAUAAACUUUAGAAAAAGCUGAAUCCUUCAUUGAUUACUUUAUUAGAUUAUUUAGCAUUAUGGAUGUAAACUAGUUCUAAAAUCAAAACAAGAUGAAAAAACUUAUAAAAGUCUAAAGUAUAGUUUAUAGGAAACUCAAAUUAAUGACUCUUAGAGUUAGAGCGCUCAUAGCUUUGACUAAAGAUUAUCAAUCUGAAAAAAUUCUUAAGCAGAUUUAAUGCUCUUAAUAAAUCUUUGAUGAAAUGUUUGCAAUGUAUAGAAUGAAAAAGAGAAAUUUGAAAUAAUAAAAAAGAGAAUUAAACAUGCAAAAAGAGGGUGAAUUUGUGUUAAUGAAAACUACUGUGCUAAUAGACCUUUCCUUAUUGAUGCUAGUCAGAAAUUCUGAUAACUGCUUUUAUAAAGUCUAAUUGCUAUCAUAAAAAUGUUUAAAAUCUUUAAGCUAGUUUGAUGGUAAAUUAUCUGAUAAGAUUAAUAGCUCUAAGAAAUAAGUUCAAAUACUUCAAGGUGAUUGUGAUAGAAUGGAUCUUAAUAGUAUUUAUAGCCAUUUACUAAUGGGUUAUGCUCUUGAGAAAUAAGGGGAAUCUAUCAGCUUUUGCGAUUACUAUCAGAUUUCGCUCCAAAGAGCAUAAAGAAUUUUACCAGAAGAAAAUCUAAUUAGAGUUUUGCUAGAAAGAAUGUUUUUAAAUUAAAAUUUCUCCUUGAUCUAAAAAUUUUAUAAAGAUCUCAAAGAUGACUAUAAAGUUAAAGAUGCACUUUAGUUACUUUUCAUUGAAUUAUUAAAAAAGAAAAUUUCAUUUGAUCUUUUUGGAAAAGACUUUAAUAAAUAGUAAAGUAAGGACGAGAUUGCAGUUUAAAAAGAAGAUUUAGAAUAUUACAUGCAAUUGCCACCAACUGCAAGGCUUUUAAAUGGAAUUAAAAAGAACUAACUAAAAUAAAGCCAAUCAUCUGCUAAUAUUAGUUCUAGACCUAGAACUGGAAAAUCAUCUCAUCGAGAUCUUUUAUAAUAGACUAAUAUUCAAAAUUUAGAUUUACCUGAUCUUAAUAAUUCAUUAGCAGGGAAGAAGUAGAAUACAAUAUCAUCCAAUUCUCCAAGAGGUUCUAAAUAUAAAAUUAAUAUAGAAGAUCUUGCAAACACUGAAAUUAAGGGUAAAGUGAGUUAGAUUAGAAAUAAUCUUGCGAAGAUAAUGCAAAUUAAUGAGGAAAAAACAGUGAUGCUUGAAGAUGAUUUUUUCAAUCAGAAAGAUGGAAACUAAGAGUCAAUUAGUAAUGCUAUCAGCAAGUCUGUUGAAAAUUUCUUCAAACAUUCAAUUAUGAAAUAGCUUAAGUUACAAUCAUAGCAAGCACCUAUUGAUGGAUAGUCAAAAAAGGUGGGAACUGUGAUAGCUGAUUAAGAGACAAGUGGGAAGAAUUUUUGGAAAAGAUUUAGAGUUUAACAAAAAGAAUUUGAGAAAAAGAUCUAUCUUAAUGAAAAGAUAGAUGACUUUAAAAAGUACUUUCAAGUUAAAAUGAAGAAUCAAAAUGGUAAUCUUGAGAGAAAAAUCCUUGCUACACCUGAAGAUUAUGAAGCCCUAAAAUACCAUAAAGGCCUUAAGAGUUAAAGAAAAGAUAAAAUAGUUAUCUCACCUAGCUAGUAAAAUUCACCUAUAUUUUUUGCUGAAAAUCAUAAAAAUUAGCAUUUAAAAUCAGAACCAUCAAGUAACAACAACUUUACAGGCUCAACUUUGAAUAGAAGAAUUGAUUAACAUCAUCAUUUAAGCUCUAAGAUACCAAGCAGAAGAGGCAGCUCAAGUGAAUUUGUUAAUACUAAUGAAAACUUUGAUGCAGUAAUGUAAAAAAUCAAGAAAAAUUCUAAGAAUUUGAAUAUUUAAGAGCAAACGAAUAAAUUUUUAGAAGGAUUCAAAAAAUAUGAUGCCAUUGGAAAAAUUAUUAAGUUCAACAAGCAUAAAUCUGUUUUUAGAGAGGCCUUCGAGGGCAAUAUCUGA